CAUUAUAAACCAACCAUUCUUCAAUUAAAAAGAUCUUAAAAAAUAGUGUUUUCUCAACCUUUCAUGUUCUAAAAAUAACAUCAGCUACCAGAGACAACAUAGACUGGAUUUAAAAUAAGGUGGUAAAUUGGAGUGUGUGCCCUGCCGGAUUGGCUUGAAUCAAAGGGAAAAGAGCAAGUAGAAUUACAAGAGGAGAACUGAGGAGGAGAAGAGGAAGAUCCCUGCUGUUUGAGCUGCGACAAAUGAUUGGGGUAUUAAAAGUCUUCUAAAAUAUUAUGUCACAAAUGCAGGUCUUCGUGAGGUCACUGUUUGUGUGUAGCUUAAGUACUUUGCUUCUUAAUACCUAUGGAAAAUGCUCACUGGUAUAUCCUUAUUAUCUCUCUGCACCAUUGUUUUCCGCCUCCCUCGUGGAUCAGGAUUGGAGGGAAUGUGUCUAGUAUUUCGGCACAGUGUUUGCUUGGGUGUAAACUGGAGGCGAGGCCAUGCAGGCAAGCUGAGGCGGGAUUGUGAAGAGUCGGCAAGUUGCCAUGCAAAAGAGGGAAAACCCUGGGUCUGGAAGCAGGGAAGCUGAAUGGUUAUACAAGUGUUCAGUUCAGAAAUUGGUGGUAGUCAUCUCAAAUAUUGAAAGUGGGGAGGUCCUUGAAAGAUGGCAGUUUGAUAUUGAGUGUGACAAGACUGCAAAAGAUGACAGUGCACCCAGAGAAAAGUCUCAGAAAGCUAUCCAAGAUGAAAUCCGUUCAGUGAUCAGACAGAUCACAGCUACAGUGACAUUUCUGCCACUGUUGGAAGUUUCUUACAGAGAUUUGGUUGUACCUGAAAAAUGGGAAGAGUCGGGACCACAGUUCAUUACCAAUUCUGAGGAAGUUCGUCUUCGUUCAUUUACUACUACAAUUCACAAAGUAAAUAGCAUGGUAGCCUACAAAAUUCCUGUCAACGACUGAGGAUGAGAUAAAGACAGUAUAAUGUACUUGUAUUCUCAAAUGUGGUUUUCCUGAAACCAAAUCAACUGUAGUUGAUAUGUUUUAUUUCAUUGGUUAAUUUUUAGAUGGAGAAAACUUAACAUUAUGCUUUACUGAAUCUGUGCAUAAUCGUUCCAUUCCUUGGUACCUGUUUCACUUUCCAUAGGGUUGACGUAAGUUAUUGCACACUGUUCCAAAGGGAACUAGCAGAUUACAUCAGCAUUGUAAUGUCAGUUCCUUUGACGAUGGUAACUGUAGAUGGAAAAACUUUUGCGAUACAGCUAAAUGUCUUUCUAAAUCAGACCUUUUGGUCAAGCACCUUGACUCAGAGUAUACAGAAAUAUCUAAAUAUAAAAUAGAGCAAAAGAAAUAUGACUAUUGAGAACAUGUGUUUAGAUCUUGAAAGGAACUAAUGAUAGUCCAUAAGUAAUGAAAUAUUGAUCCUGUUAGGUCCCUUUGCCAUUUAUUUGUAUAGUUUCCAUAUUGAAAAGUUUUCCAAUUAUUUGAUUUUAAUUUAUAUAACUCGAAUCUAUGAAGCCAUGGAUAGUCCUGCUAUUCAAAUUCCUGUGAUACUGAACUUUUCAGAAUGUCUUUUUAUGUUUUAUAAAAUCAAGCUUUAAAGGACAAUGAUGAAAUAAAGUUAAAUGUGUAUGUUCUAAAUUUGUCUUAAAAUAUUCUUAUAUUGGUGUGGUGUUGAUACAGUUAAAUAGUUAUAAUGGAUUCAGUGCAGCAUAUUAUUUCUUGUGCCUACUAUGGUUAGCCUAAGAAUUCAAAGUUGAGUAAGUCUUGAGGUACUUUCACUUUAAUGGACAAGCUUUUAUUGUACCCCCUUCAU